AGAGAAACCUCUUAGCUGCUCUGAGUGCAGCAAAAGAUUUAGAUGGGAAAAUGGUUUGGUAGCUCACAUGAAGAUUCACACAGGAGAGAAACCCUUCAGCUGUUCUGAGUGCAGUAAAAAAUUUUCAAAAAAAUAUGAUCUAAUGUUGCAUAUGAUCACGCACUCAGGAGAGAAACCCUUUAGCUGCUCUGUUUGCAUGAAAAGAUUUACAAAAAAAGCAGAUGUUGUGAAUCACAUGAGGAUUCACACAGGAGAGAAACCCUUCAGCUGCUCUGAGUGUUGUAUCAAAUUUUCAAGAAAAUCUUCUCUAACGAUGCAUAUGACAACCCACUCAGGAGAGAGACCCUAUAGCUGCUCUGUUUGUACAAAAAGAUUUAAACAAAAAGGGACUAUGGACGCUCACAUGAUAACCCACUCAGGAGAGAAACCCUUCAGCUGCUCUGUUUGCAAUAAGAGUUUCUCACGGAAAGGAAGUCUGACCAUCCACAUGAGGAUUCACUCAGGAGAGAGACCCUUUAGCUGCUCUGAGUGUGGUAAAAAUUUUUUACAAAAAGGUAAUCUUAUGAUGCAUAUGAGAACACACUCAGAAGAGAAACCCUUCAGCUGCUCUGUUUGCAAGAAAACGUUUAGACGAAAAGCAGAAGUGGUUGUACACAUGAGGAUGCACGGAGGAGAGAAACCCUUUAGCUGCUCUGUUUGCAAGAAAAGAUUUACGAGGAAAACUUAUAUGGACGCUCACACGAGGAUUCACACUGGAGAGAAACCCUUCAGCUGUUCUUUCUGCAGCAAAAUAUUUAGAUGGAGAACUGAUAUGGUCACUCACAUGAGGAUUCACUCAUGA